UUUUUUUUUUCUGUCUCUUAAUGCUUCAUCAAGGAAAACAAUUGUGACUAGAUAGACACUUAAUGAUUACAGGCUCUGUGGGAGUGUCUCACUCUUUUUAGUAGUUUUGAAAAGAAUCCAAGCAAUACUACUGUAUUAGUGCUACCAGUCUGUUAUGCAUAUCUUAUUCUUGGUGCAAUAUGCAAUAUGUUACAAGGAUAGCUAAGAAUUUAAAUCUAUUUGACAAGUAGGGGUUGUAAGGAAGUCUGAAGGUUACCAUAGGAUCAUUUAGGCUGGAAAGGUUCUCAGCUGUUAUGCUGAAUUGUUCUUCGGCAUCACCUUGUUCUCUUUAUUUAGUUGAAAAGUGACUAGCUCAAAUGUAGUAUCUAAUCUUGUGUCACUGAAGUAGCAUUUUAUUAGUAACAACAGUGAAAUCUCCACUGAAUCAGAUAUGCUAGCUGCAUUCAAUUCUGUUUGAUUGAGCACCAAGCCAUAAUUUUUCUUUGGUAAAAGAGGCUGAUAUAAAUUCCAUUAAGCCCAUAUGUGGAGCAACAGGAGUACCUAUCAACCUGCUCUUUAUGGAUAUUCUUGAAUUAUAAUGACAGUCACGUAGGUCGCCAGUGUGAGGAGUAUAUAAGCCUGAAGCAUCACAUGGAAAGAAAAAUCCAAGAAGUAGAAGGAGAGCUUGCUUGUCAGAAACAGGCUGAUGCUGAUCUACAGAAGACAGGCUACAGGUUGCAUGAAAUGGAAACUCUUCUUUCUGCUAUGACUGUUGAGAGAGAACAGACGAUACAAGCAUCAUCGUUGAACUAUGGUAUUUUACCUGAAGGAGAGAAACAGAUACUUCAAUAUGAUGAUAAAAGUUAUCUUAGAAAAGAUAUUCCAAUCUUGGAAAUGCAGAAGCUGAAGGAGCAGAAUGCCAGCCUUCGGGCUGCUGUUGCACAAAUGAGGAAAGAAAUGGAGAGUCUUGAUGAACAGAUGCAGUCCUCUCUUCCUCUGACAGAACAAACUGUCAUUGGCCUAACUACAGAAAUCUCGUCACUCGCUCCUGGUUCAUUUUGCACAGACCAAGUUUCAGUUAGAACCACAUUGAACAACAUCAAUGUCAGCUCAAAUAACUUGGGUUGUAUAAUAAACCCAAACACAGAAAAGGGGUCAAAAACCAAAGCUCUUGAAGAAAAGACGGUAGAUUUUGACCCUACCUCAGAUAACUGUUGUCCCGAUGUUAGUCUUCAGUAUGGUUUCAGCUGCCCUCUACAAGGAAUGCAAAAUAAACUGAAUGAAGCAGCAAGAAAAAUACCAGUUCUGAGCCAAGAGAAGCAGCAACUGAUUGAAAUGGGAGACAGACCCAGAGCAGAUAUUGGAAUGAUAUUAAAGGAAGGACUUUGGCAUCCCAUUACCUCUAAGCGCUGCACAGUUUGUGUUGCCUCUGGUAGCCUUUCUCCAAGAGAACUUCUCAAAAGAACACAGUGUCAGCUUUCAGCUUUAAAGCAUCUACAAUACAGGCUUGCAACACAGGAGCUGCAGCAUGCAAAGCAACAACAUCUCUCAAAGAUCUCUUCCGUAAUUGCCUGCCCUAACUUAAAGGGAGAAAAGGUUCCGAGCAGCUGUGGGGAAGACACAGAAUUACCAUCUGCUCAGGUUAAGCUUGAUUUCUCUACUGGAAAUUGUGGGCCAGAGCACCAAAAGGCGCAUACAUCCUCAAAGAUGGUUCAAAGUCAGCUGCUCAAGGAAAAUCCUGGUCAAGCCCAGCAGACCUGGAUUUCUUCAUCUAGAGCACAUAGAUCUUGCCAAGGUAUUUGGCAAACUUUAGAAAUGAGAUCAAGCCCUUAUAUUCUCAGUUCUGAAAACAACACUAAACAAGCAUUGGAGUUUGAAGUUACAUGUUCAACUGAGCAAUCUGAAGAAUCUCAGCAAAGUAUCAAAGCCAAGGAUAAACUUGAAAUGCCAGCCGCAGGUUUGACAGUCAGAGGUAUAAAGCUGGAAGUUCAGCAGAAGUUAAAAUCAAGGAUUUUAUCUUGUACUUAUCCCAUAAAACAAAAAAUCUCUUCUAAUAUGUCAAAAAUCCGCAACUAUAAUAUUAAAGACUGAUUUUCUGUUGGCAGCAAGUUUCAGUCCAUGUUUUCUAUUCAUUUACAUUAAAAGAAUAUAAAUUAGAUCUACAUAUUACUUUGAUGUUCAUUUUUGUAUGUCAAAUUGGGAUGUUUGAGGCCAGAAGAGAAAAGAAGUACUGUUCCCAGUUUCAUGAGAAAGGGUUAAUAUGUGUACAUGGUGAGAUUAUAGUCUUCAGUGUUAAUACGUAUUUAUUUUAAUUAUAUAUGUUAAAUAUCGCUUGCAUCAUGGAUUUAGAAAUGCCCAGUUAAUACAUAUGUAAAUCUUUGUGCCGCUAGGCAGGGCUUGCAGGUCUUUAGCAAAUAUUUUGUUGAGAAACUGUAGAUGUGAUUUAAACUUAGAAGUGAGAUGUGUCAACCCACUUGUUUUCUUAUAAUUAACAAUGCAACCGUUAAUCCCGUGCAGCUAUCUUUCAACUUGAAAGAAAGGGUUUUGAAAAGAUUACACAUUAAUCUAUAUUGUUUGUCAUCUUCUGCAGUUCUUUCCACUUGUUCAGGGAGCAUGAGAGAGUAUAAAAUCGAACUUCUAUCAUCACGCUACUACUAAUAUUUUUGUUAAACUGCCUAAAGUUUAAAGCAAUGAAAAACUCUUAGAAUCUUGCAGAAGUAUUGUAAGAAAUAAGCCUUACAACAGGUGAAACUAAAAGAAAACUUGAGUGGGUUGUGAUGUAAUGAGGGAUAUCUAUGUAGUAAUGAACAUUCCGGGAUGGUU